CACUUGCUUUGAAGUGUUUAUGUGAUCAUGGGAAUUCAGAAGCCUGCAUGGUUGGAAGCCCUCUACACUCAGAAGUUCUUUGCAGCUUGCUCCUUUCAUGAAACUGCAAAGAAGAACGAAAAGAACGUUUACUGUUUGGAUUGCUGCACCAGUAUAUGCCCCCAUUGUCUACCUUCACACCGUUGCCAUAGGCUUCUUCAAAUUCGUCGCUAUGUUUACCACGAUGUUGUAAGAUUGGAAGACCUUCAAAAGCUCGUCGACUGCAAUAAUGUUCAGUCAUAUACCAUAAAUAAUGCCAAAGUUGUGUUCAUCAAGAAGAGACCUCAGAAUAGGCAAUUCAAGGGUUCCGGAAACUAUUGUACUUCUUGUGACAGAAGUCUUCAAGAACCUUAUAUCCAUUGCUCACUUGGGUGCAAGGUGGAUUAUGUGGUUACACUGAAGAGGGGGCUCUCUCCGUACCUGAAGAAAUGUGAAACACUCCAACUGAGUCCAGACUUCUUAGUUCCACUCCAGUCCGAGUCUGAUGAUCAGGACAUGACCAGUGAUCAAACUCUCCAUUCGACAAUUGUGGACUGCGACGAUCCAAUGAGCUAUUCGUCAUCAUCAGGCUCCGAAAACAUGAGCAUGAGCAUGAGCAUGGCAUACACAAAUCGUGAUCAGAUUGUCCGAAAGAAGAGAAGCGGGCUCAAUUACAGUUACGUGUACUGCUCAAGAUCAGCUCACAAAGUUUCAGAUGAUGAUCAAGACAUGUCCUCUAACAUGAUCAGUAGAAGAAAAAGCAUUCCUCAUAGAUCUCCUCUGUGUUAG